AUGAUACGUGUUGCUUGCAGACGGGCCUGCAGCGUCCAAAAUCCAGUCUGCAGGAGACUGCUGUCGACCAGCGCCGAACAGCAGCAAAAAGCAUCGAGGCCACAUCGCGUCGCAGUCGAACGGCCGCCAGAUAAGAAAUUCGGGCAAACGUUCUAUAAAAAGCCAAAGCUCGAGCCAAGAGCCGACUCAAUCGGCCACGGCCACGAUCCGCGUUCAAGACUGAUAUUAGACAAUGACAAGAAAUACAAAGGAAAGCAUGGAGUGUUCCGGUCGACGGUGCUUCACCGGCUGCAGUUUGUCCUGCAGCAACAGCUCGACUCGGCCCAAUUUGCGCAGGGGGGCAUCAGCGAGGAUGAGCUGCGCCGGCAGGGCUCCGAGUUUAUGAACGCCAUCGACGAGGCCUUUUCGCUGGCUGAGAAGAACAUUACCCGGCGCGACAAGAACCCGCUCUUCUGGAACCUGCGCGAUGCCUUUAUCCAAAAGGACGUCAAGGGCCUGCAAAAGGAGAUACAGUACUGCUUCCAGUCCUUUGUCACGCAGCAGCGCUUCUCCAAGGGCGUCGAGGAGAGCCAGACCAACAUCCUGAACCUGCGCUACCCGCACGAGUGGUUCCCCGCCACACGCGCCAUGCAGCGCAAGAUUCACGUCCACGUGGGCCCGACAAACUCGGGCAAGACGUACAAUGCCCUCAAGGCGCUCGAGGCGUCCAAGUGCGGCGUCUACGCGGGGCCGCUGAGGCUGCUCGCCGCAGAGGUCUACCACCGGCUCCGCGCCAAGAACCUGCCGUGCGCCCUCAUCACCGGCGAGGAGGUCCGCAUCCCCGAGGACACGGACCAGUACUUUUCCAGCUGCACGGUCGAAAUGGUGCCGCUCAAUCGAAAAUUCGACGUGGCCGUCAUUGACGAGAUUCAGAUGAUUGGGAAUUCGGACCGAGGCAGCGCGUGGACUACUGCUUUCCUCGGCGUGCAGGCCAAGGAGGUCCAUGUCUGCGGCGAAGAGCGCACCGUGUCCCUGAUUGAGAGCCUCUGCGCCACCAUUGGCGACGAGUGCAUCGUGCACCGCUACGAGCGCCUCAGCCCGCUCAAGACCAUGUCUACGGCGCUGGAGGGCAAGUACGACCGAUUGGAAAAGGGCGACGCGAUUGUCGCCUUUAGCCGCGUGUCUCUCCACGCUCUCAAGCGCCAGGUCGAGCAAGAAACCGGCCGCCGAUGCGCCAUCAUCUACGGCACGCUGCCGCCCGAAGUGCGCGUGCAGCAGGCAGCGCUCUUCAACGACCCGAACAACGACUACGAUUUCGUCGUGGCUAGUGACGCCAUUGGCAUGGGUCUCAACCUCGAAAUCAAGCGUGUCAUUUUUGAAUCCGUGCACAAGUUCGAUGGCUUCCAGCACCGAAUGCUGAGCGUCCCCGAAUUCAAGCAGAUUGGCGGUCGCGCCGGUAGAUACCGCACUGCUCAGCAGGCAGCGCAGGACGUCGAGACCACCGCCGAGCCGGGCAAGAGCACGGAGCAAAAGAUUGGCUACGUGACCGCCAUGGAUAGGCAGGAUGUGCGUUCCAUCGCCAGGGCUUUUCAGCAAAACGUCGAGGACAUCAAGCACGCGUACAUUCAACCGCCGCCGAGCGUCGUGGAGCGCUUCGCCUCGUACUUCCCGCCCGACACGCCGCUGUCCUUUAUCCUCAUGCGCAUCAAGGCCGCCGCGAGCGUCAGCCCGCACUUUCGCCUCAACAUCAGCAGCUCGGCGCUCGAGAUUGCCGACAUCAUACAGGACCUGCCGCUGUCCAUCUACGACCGGCAGAGCAUCUGCCACAUGCCCAUCUCGCUGUCGAGCGAGGGUGCCGUCGCCGCGCUCAAGGCCAUGGCGCGCGUCGUCGCGCACAACGAAUCCGGCGACCUGCUCUCGAUCCAGGAGAUCCCGCUCGAGGUGCUCGACCUGCAGCUCACGCAGCUGUCGGGCAAGGAGGCCACCGACUACCUGUACAAGCUCGAGUCGCUGCACAUGGCGCUCAACGGCUACAUCUGGCUGUCGUACCGCUUCACGGGCAUGUUUCGCAGCAUCGAGCUCGCGUUCCACGUGCGCUCGCUCGUCGAGGCCAAGCUGAUUGACUCGCUCGAGAAGCUCAACUUCACCGACGAGCAGCUGCUGUCGCUGCGGCAGCGGAAGCGCCGCCAGGCCAAGGCCGCCCGGCUGCGCGAAAAGGUGGCGGCCGAGGCCGACAACGAGUCGUCGUCGGCGGGCAGCGACAGCGUCGUCUUGGAUAUCCCGUCGCCCGAGGCAGUCAAGCAACGGGGCGAGGUGGCUGCGUGA